AUGUCGAAUCCAACCUCUCACUCGCCCAACAGCGAGACAUCGUCAUCGUCUGAUAGCUCCUCCUCCGCCGAGCGGGAGCCUGUACGGAAACGGCCGGUCCCCGGGCGUGGUCACCGCAAGUCCAAGAAAGGCUGCUUCAGCUGCAAGAAGCGCCGCGUCAAAUGCUCAGAAGAGCUGCCAAGUUGUCGAGGCUGUCGGCGUCUUGGUUUAGACUGCCUGUACCCCCCUUCACCACAGCUAGCUCUCAGCCUGUCAAGAAACCCCAGCUCAUGCCCAUCCACCUUUCGCUUGGAGGACCUCCGCUUCUUCCACCACUUCUUGACUGCGGCAUAUCCUUCUCUCCCUUUUGGCCUGGACGACAUCUGGCAGUCCGUCGCCGCCAUGGCGCACGAGUACGACUUUCUCGCCCAUUCUAUCAUCGGCCUUGCCGCCCAGCAUCUCACCACAUGUACUACCUCAGACUUUUCCAUCCAGGCUCUCGAUCAUAGGGUGUCGGCCAUUGGCGCCUUGAACGAGGCGCUUUCGAAACCUUGCCUUUCACGGAGCGACGCCGACGCAAGGUUCGCCGCCGCCAUUGCGCUUACGUUCCAGUCGAGUUACAUGCCUGACGGUAUGAUGGACUUUUUCCGCAUGCUCCGCGGUUGGAUGGUCAUCCAGACGACGCUGGUUUCGGCUAUGGGAGAAACCAUGUUCCACGCUAUCAAGGAGGAGACGUAUGUUAAUAGCAUGGGGAAACUAUUGGGGGCGGCAGAGGAUCUUGACGAGAGCGAACAAAAGGAGCUGCAGCAGACGCUCCGGGACUUUAUAGCUUCACUGCGUCUGAUCGCACCACAGUGCCGAAGCGCAGCGGAACUUCAUUAUGUGGCUUCUUUGGAGAGAAUCGCGCGGGUGGGUGAGGUGUCGCCCGUCGACGCAUGCCUCGAGCUCGUGCCCUUCUACGCCGUAACUAACGACAUGGACACCGAGGAGUUCAACAACUUUACAAAUCCCACCAACUUUACGGCCCAGGUCUUGCUGGUGCAUUUUUGGAUGCUCACCCAUGUUUUGCAUCGCCACUCGCUUGGUCCAGCUCGGACCUCCCUGCCCGUCCGAGACGAGAUUAUCUUCCAAUGGGUUGAAACGGCUGCGUGUAGCUUGCCAAGGAGCCACAAACGCUAUGUUUUGUGGCCUCUCGGGAUGGCGAGGCUAGGUACGGAGCUGCCCCAGAAGGUUUGA